AUGGCAUUAAAGUAUCUGUGGGAAUGUGAAGUUUUUUUUGAAGUUAAAAAAGAAUUGUUGCGACAUGAAUAUUUGCAUUUAGAGCGACGACCCGAGGACGCUGCAAACAUCAACUUCUUUUUAUUAAUAAUUCAUUCGUUUAGCAUAACGAACAUGAAUAUUCAUCAACAUUCUGUUGAAGCAACUUUAUCAAAGAAUAAACAUUAA